AUGUGGAUCUUAAGUAUUGAUGUUCCGACGAGUAUAGGAGUAGUGAGCCCAGCCUGUGAUGUACACAACCUGUGUUUACACCUAGAUAUAAUCGAUGCGACAAAACCCAAGAACUCAUGUAUGCAAAUGAUUUACCCAUUUAUGAAUAUUAAUCAAAAUGAGGACUGUCUGGUGCUUAACAUAUGGACAACAAAUACCACAGCAUUAAAGCCAGUGAUGUUUUGGAUACACGGAGGCGCUCUUAGUGUGGGCUCAAUAUUUCAGCAAGAGUUUAAUGGCAGUGUUUUGGUAACACAUGAUGUGGUGUUUGUCUCGACAAACUAUAGGUUAGGACCGUUUGGUUUCCUAUACGGGGAUCGGGAGGACGCGCCCGGAAAUGUCGGCUUUUAUGACCAGUUAUUGGCUCUCAAAUGGGUUAGAGAAAACAUCCACUCAUUUGGCGGAGAUAAGGAUCAGAUCACCAUUUUUGGUGAGAGCGCCGGGAGUUGGUCGGUGUCCGCACACAUACUCUCCCCGCUAUCCAAAGGCCUAUUCAAGAGG